UGCUAAUUGCACCACUGGUGAGCAAGAGUUCGACGCGAAGUGUGAACUCUCGACAGAGGGACACACGAGACAACUGAAGUGCCCCGGUUUAUGUGCCCUGCUCCUCCUCCACCACCGCCUCCUCUUCUUUCUCCUUCCUCCCGCCCAGCCCGCAGUUGCAGCUUGUUUGCACUGGGGCUUAUCCGGAGCGGAAAUUCCUUUCCGUUUUUGUGAAUGACAAACUCAUUAACAAUUCAUCAACACAACCUGUUCCAGCCGGCCCGUCCCCACGGCAACAGCCCCUUCCGCAGCGCGCUCAUUGGCUGGCGGAGAGAAUGUAUCCAUUGAGACGCUGGCUGUUUGUAUCCAUUGAGGAGCUGCCUCGCACAGGGGGUGUGCUCUCGCUGAGUGCUAGGGACUGGGAGCAAACCGAGUCUCGAAUCCAACCGGGUUGGAUCUGAGGUGCAGCCUCAGAGGGAAGGAUUAGGAGCCGCUAGACUUUUUUCUUUUUCUUCUUCUCAGUGGCACGGAGUCCGAAUUAAUUGGAUUUCAUUCACUGGGGAGGAACAAAACUGGGUACCUUCAUUCAGAGACCUUCGCUGACUCCCAAGAGUGAUCCCUGCAGCCCGGUGCAGAGGGACCACCGGCUUGGCUUCCGUGCCGCCUUCCCUAACCGCUAGCCUCGGCUUGGGAAAGGCGAGGCAGAAUCGAACCCCGCUCCGAGAGCGGCAGCUUCGUGCAGCGUGCUCGGCCUAUGCCUGCCUCGAGGGGCGUCUGCUAGGCACCCCGCCUUCUCCUGCAGCACGACCCCCAUGAUAGAUACGCUCAGACCCGUGCCCUUCGCGUCGGAAAUGGCGAUCAGCAAGACGGUGGCGUGGCUCAACGAGCAGCUGGAGCUGGGCAACGAACGGCUGCUGCUGAUGGACUGCCGACCGCAGGAGCUGUACGAGUCGUCGCACAUCGAAUCGGCCAUCAACGUGGCCAUCCCGGGCAUCAUGCUGCGGCGUCUGCAGAAGGGCAACCUGCCGGUGCGCGCGCUCUUCACGCGCUGCGAGGACCGGGACCGCUUUACCAGGCGCUGCGGCACCGACACCGUCGUGCUGUACGAUGAGAACAGCAGCGACUGGAAUGAGAACACCGGUGGGGAGUCGGUCCUCGGGCUGCUGCUCAAAAAACUCAAAGACGAGGGCUGCCGGGCGUUCUACCUGGAAGGUGGCUUCAGUAAGUUCCAGGCCGAGUUCUCCCUGCACUGCGAGACCAAUCUAGACGGCUCGUGCAGCAGCAGCUCCCCGCCCUUGCCAGUGCUGGGGCUCGGGGGCCUGCGGAUCAGCUCCGACUCUUCCUCGGACAUUGAGUCUGACCUUGACCGAGACCCCAAUAGUGCAACGGACUCAGAUGGCAGCCCGCUGUCCAACACUCAGCCUUCCUUCCCGGUGGAGAUUCUGCCCUUCCUUUACCUGGGCUGUGCCAAGGACUCUACCAAUUUGGACGUGUUGGAGGAGUUUGGCAUCAAGUACAUCUUGAAUGUCACCCCCAAUUUACCCAACCUCUUUGAGAACGCAGGGGAGUUCAAAUACAAGCAAAUCCCCAUUUCGGAUCACUGGAGCCAAAACCUGUCCCAGUUUUUCCCCGAGGCCAUUUCUUUCAUAGAUGAAGCCCGAGGCAAAAACUGUGGUGUCUUGGUGCAUUGCUUGGCAGGCAUCAGCCGCUCUGUCACCGUGACUGUUGCUUACCUUAUGCAGAAGCUCAACCUGUCCAUGAACGAUGCUUAUGACAUUGUCAAGAUGAAGAAAUCCAACAUCUCCCCUAACUUCAACUUCAUGGGCCAGCUGCUUGACUUUGAAAGGACACUGGGACUCAGCAGCCCCUGUGACAACCGUGUUCCAGCACAGCAGCUCUACUUCACCGCUCCCGCCAACCAGAACGUCUACCAGGUGGACUCCCUGCAGUCUACGUGAAAGGCACCCAACUUGCCUAGCUGGGAGUGUCCCGUUCCUUCAGCAGUUUCUCUUGGGCAGCAACGAGCAGGCUGCUUUCUUUGUGUGUGGCCUCAGGUGUCAAAAAUGUCACCAGCUGUCUGUAUUAGACAAGGUUGCCAAGUGCAAAGUUGGUUAUUACAGAGGGAGAGAUUUGCUCCAUUCAUUCUUUUUGGAAGGACAGGACAUGCUAUCUAGAUCCAUGGCAAUAGGUUUGCUCCCGUACCCCAGCCUUACCUGAGCAGGGACUGGAUGUCCGUCCAGAUGAAGAGGGUAGGGCCAAGAAGUGGGGUUAGGGGCAUGUUUUCUCUAGGGCCUCCAAUGGCUGUUUCCUGUUGCACCUGGAACUAACUAUAUAUUGUCUUCAGUGAAGACUGAUUCAACUUUGCAUAAAGUGGAGCCAAAGAGAUUUUAGCUCUGUAUUUGUGGUAUCGGUUUGGGAAGACAAAAACAGAACUGAUACUCUUUUAAUUGAUUAUUGUAAAUAUUUGAUCUUAAAAUCACUUGACCAGUGUUUGUUUGGCUUGUGUUUGUUUUUAUCUUUGAUGGGUUUAAAAGAAGUCCAAAGGGAGAGGAGGAGCAGCGUGCCACUUCUUAAAACAAAAUAAGGAAAAUUUUGCUCUUUUCCAAUCCAAAGGGUAUAUUUGCAGCAUGCUUGACCUUAUUGUACCAAUUCUGAUGACAUUUUUCGCAGAUAUUAUUAUCACUAAGACUUUGUUAAGGUGCGAUCUUAAGUAUCUUUCAUAUAUCUUCCUUGUGAUUUUUUUUUUCUUCCCCCUUAGUGUACUUUGACUCUGCCUUACCUUUGUAAAUAUUUGGCUUACAUUGUCUCAAAGAGGGGGUAUCUUGGGAAGACACCAAAAUUGUGGGUUCACUUUUUUUUUUUUUAAACUUCAGCUGUGCUCAACAGUAUAUUACCUCCGUACAAAAUUCUUCAGGGAGUGUCACCUCAAAUGCAAUACUUAUGGUUGGUUUCUUUCCUUUCAAAAAAUGAUAUGAAACUGGAAGUGUGUGUCUGUGUGUGUGUGAGCAUGGGUACCCAUUUGAUAGAUGGGAUGCAUCGGGCUGUGGAGAAGGGAGAAAUAACUUGCCCCAUGAUGUUCGUGGUGUAAAGUUUUGAGCUGGAAUUUAUUAUAAGAAUGUAAAACCUUAAAUUAUUAAUAAAUAACUAUUUUGGCUAUUGAA